UACAGUAUAAUCAAUACAUUCACAAGGGUUUGGUAUGGCAUGAUUCUUUCCACAUAUAUCCGACUCAUGACACACUCAUAAACGCCACCUCACCCAUUGGCCAAAUCCAUGCCAAUCCAAACAGCCAAAUUUCCCCUAUAUUAUAUAUCCCCAUAGUGGGGUACUCACUACUCACCACAUGUGAGAAAAGAGAUGCGUAUUUAUGUAGGGCGGUCAUCUCUCACAGACAACCUCAUCAUCUGCCUCCUCCUACCGUCCUAUAUAUCCAUCCUAUAUAUGAAGAGAAUGAGAUGACAAGACGCCGCCGCACUAAUUAUUGUGAGCCUCCUAUCCACUCGCUUCGUCUCACUCCCACUUCUCCAUCUUCAGAAGUUCACGUUCCUCCUUGUUCUUGCAGUGUCCAGAGGCUGUAAAGAUGCUUGGCUUGAUGGCAGCUCCAUGCCAAUCUCCCCAAGGAGAGAAUGAGCUCUACGAUGACUGCGAUCCUACGGUGUACGGAGCCCGGGCCCUGCUGCCCCGGCAGACCACCUCGGCGCCACCGGCUGGGCCGCCGGAGGCGUCGACAGGGUCGGGAAGGACCGCGACGGAGGCAAGGGCCCUGAAGGUCCACAGUGAGGCCGAGCGCCGGCGUCGGGUGAGGAUCAACGCUCAUCUUGCCGCGCUCAGGAAGAUGAUCCCUGAUACCAAGCAGAUGGACAAGGCCGCCUUGCUGGCCAGGGUGGUGGACCAAGUGAGGCACCUCAAGAGGAGAGCAAGCGAGGCCGCACAGCUAACGCCGGCCGUCCCGCCGGAAGCCGACGUGGUCUCUGUGGAAUUCUGCUGCACCGGGGACACCGACGACGACGAUAGACGCCUGUACAUGAAGGUGUCUGUCAGCUGCGACGACCGGCCGGACCUCGUCGCCGGGCUCAUCCAGGCGCUCCAUGGCCUGAGGCUGAGGACGGUGAGAGCUGAGGUGACCUCCCUAGGAGGAAGGGUGCAGCAUGUCUUCACACUCUGCAAGGAGGAAGAGGAGGGAGGCAGUGCAGGUCGUGCUGGACUGAUUUCUCUGAAGGAGGCUGUGAGGCUGGCUCUGGCCAAGGUCGCUUCUCCAGAGCUGGUGUGUGGUGGUAGCAGCGGCAGCGGCAGUCCGCUCCAGUUGCAGAGCAAGAGGCAGAGGAUUCUUGAGUCGCAUUACUCAAUCAUGUCCAUAUAGAUGAGAACUAUACUUCUGGAGUAUAUUUUUGUGUGCCAGAUUUGAGGUUGGGACUGCCGUUAGUGCUGUAAGAUAAGAUAGAUAGAUGCAGUCACUCCAGGAUAGAUAUCAUUGCAACAGGGUUUACACUGUGUGCCUGAUGCAGCAUGGCUGCCGACAUUCAGAUUGCAGAAAUCCUAGAUAAUGAAUUGAUGACGCAGGGUCACAUGAUUAGUUUGA